UUAAAUUCAUAAUUACAUAAAUACUUCUCUAGUACUAUAUAUUUCCAUCCUCACUCUUCAAACUGAGAUGAUUUCUUCAAAAUUUUUUCUCCUUUUCUUUUCUGGAUCCUUGACAGAGUAUAAGCCUUUGCUCUAAGCAGGUUGUAGAAGAUUUGAAUCAGAAUUCGGUUACAUCAGUUUGUCUUUAGCGUUUAGAAUAUAUAUAUACAAUUCGGAAAAUGUCGACCCCGGAUGUGGAUGUGAAUCAGAAUCAGAAUCAGAAUAAAAACGUAAAAGCUGAGGAUAUACUCUGCCCCCUGGCUGAAUAUGAAGAAUGUGAUUUCUCAAAGCUGUUAGAGAAGCCUAGGCUUUUGAAUAUAGACAGACAGAGAUCACUUGAUGAAAGGUCGCUCAGUGAAUUAUCGAUUGGGAUAUCUCCGCGUCAUGCUACCAGAGCCAUUGAUCCUAAUUCAUAUCGCUUUUUUGAGCAAUUGGAUUCUAUUUGUUCACCGGUGGGUAGAAGGUCAGGUUUUAGUACACCUAGGUCACAAAUUGGUUUCGACCCGCAUCCGAUGGUUGCCGAAGCUUGGGAAGCCUUGAGAAGGUCAUUGGUGUAUUUUCGUGGUCAACCGGUCGGGACUAUUGCAGCAUUGGAUAAUACUGAAGAAAACCUAAACUAUGAUCAGGUCUUUGUGAGAGACUUUGUCCCUAGUGCGUUGGCUUUUUUGAUGAAUGGGGAACCAGAAAUAGUAAAGAACUUCAUUUUGAAGACUCUUCGCCUUCAAUCAUGGGAGAAAAAGAUCGAUAGGUUUCAGUUAGGAGAAGGAGUAAUGCCAGCUAGUUUUAAAGUGCUCCAUGACCCAGUUAGGAACAAUGAGACAUUAAUUGCAGAUUUUGGUGAGAGUGCAAUAGGAAGAGUUGCUCCUGUUGAUUCUGGAUUUUGGUGGAUUAUUUUACUUCGAGCAUAUACAAAGUCUACUGGAGACACUUCAUUGGCUGAGUUGCCUGAAUGCCAGAAGGGUAUGCGCCUAAUUCUGAGUUUAUGUCUCUCAGAGGGAUUCGACACAUUUCCAACCCUUCUCUGUGCCGAUGGUUGCUGCAUGAUUGAUCGUAGAAUGGGUGUAUAUGGCUAUCCCAUCGAAAUCCAAGCUCUUUUCUUUAUGGCUUUGAGAUGUGCUUUGCUUCUACUCAAGCAAGAUGAUGAAGGAAAGGAGUUCAUAGAACGUAUAGUUAAACGCCUGCAUGCCUUAAGCUAUCAUAUGAGAAGUUACUUUUGGCUCGACUUGAAGCAACUCAAUGACAUAUAUCGGUUUAAGACGGAAGAGUACUCUCACACCGCAGUUAACAAGUUUAACGUAAUGCCUGACUCUCUUCCAGAAUGGGUUUUCGAUUUUAUGCCUGUUUAUGGUGGCUACUUUAUCGGUAACGUUAGCCCUGCAAGAAUGGAUUUCCGUUGGUUCUGCUUAGGUAAUUGCAUCGCAAUUCUAUCAUCAUUGGCUACUCCCGAACAAUCAACUGCCAUCAUGGAUCUUAUAGAAUCACGCUGGGAAGAGUUGGUCGGAGAAAUGCCGUUAAAGGUUUGUUAUCCAGCCAUGGAAACUCAUGAAUGGCGGAUUAUAACAGGAUGUGACCCCAAAAACACCCGGUGGAGUUACCACAAUGGAGGAUCAUGGCCAGUGUUACUAUGGCUUCUCACAGCCGCUUGUGUGAAGACUGGACGUCCCCAAAUUGCAAGACGUGCCAUCGAAAUAGCCGAAGCCAGGUUGCUGAAAGACCAUUGGCCAGAAUAUUACGACGGAAAGCUAGGCCGAUACAUCGGUAAGCAAUCACGUAAAGCUCAAACGUGGUCGAUUGCUGGUUACUUAGUGGCGAAGAUGAUGUUGGAAGACCCAUCUCAUUUAGGUAUGAUAGCGAUUGAAGAAGAUAAACAAAUGAAGCCCAUUUUGAGAAGAUCAUAUUCAUGGACUUUAUAGAAAAAAAAAAUUGUAGCUUUUGACUCACUGACCUGUUUAAGUAGAAGGGUUUAAAAAAAAAAGUUAAAACAGUUCAAUAAUAUUUGGUCAUUGUAGAAUAUAUUAUGUUUCAGUUUAAUUUGCACAAUUACUUUUUCCA